GUUACUGUGGCUUAGUAGCAGUGAUCACUUUCGAUGUCUCUUGCGGUCGACGGCCAGAGCAAUGACAACAUCGCGCAAAGCUCUGGCGGUUUCUCGUUCAGAGACUUUGCGCGACGUGGUCUCAACAAGCUGAACCUCAACACACAGAAAUCAGGCAGCCUAGAAGGCGCAGACCCGGAACUCGCGAUUUCCUUUCUUCAGAGAGGAACCGCGCACCUGACGUCGUUGAAGUCGAGACUCUCUUCUUGUUCUGAUGAUUGGAUGCUCAGCUUUCUCGAUCAGAGUGGACUGGAGUUGAUCUUUGAAUGUCUCUCGAAACUCGGAGAACGAGGAUUCGCAAAGUUUACUGACGCCAUUGAUCAGUUGACGUGUGUCGGAUGCAUUAGAGCUGUUAUGAACUCGAAGGUCGGUCUGGAGCACAUCGUCGAGAGCACAAGCCACGUCAAUACACUGGCUGAAGCCGUUGAUACCAACAAUGUUAUGGUCAAAAUGCAAGUCUUUUAUUUGCUUGCUGCACUGUGUGUCUACUCUGAAGCUGGAUAUGCUCUAGCCGUUGAUGCUUUGAAUCACUACAAAAAAUGCAAAGGGAAGUUGUAUCGUUUCAGCUUGGUGAUGAAUGAGCUCAAGCUUUGUGAAGUCGAUGCAUACAGGUUGAGUCUGUUAUCUUUCAUCAACUGUUUGAUCACAGCAGCACCAAGUGUCGAAGAAAGGAUUCGAACUAGAAAUGAGUUUAUAGGGCUGAAACUGCUUGAUUUAUUGACUGAAAUGAGACAUUCUGAAGAUGAUGAUCUUCACAUACAGUUGGAUCUCUUUGAUGACAUAAAGCGACACGAUGAAGAAGAAAUGGUGUCAUUCAAUGGUGUUGACUUCAAUAGUCACAUGGAUAUGUUUAAUGCUGUCUUCUGCAAAGUGAGUGACACACCACGAGCAAUGAACUUGUUACACGUACUGCAACAUAUGUACUUGAUAGAGGAUGAGGGUGCACUUGGUGAUGAGAUCUGGGAAACAAUGGAGAAGCUGGUUCAUCGUGUUAGCCUUGCCAACAGCCAGCAGAAGGCAAAACAAUUAUUAAAUGUUGGAUUGGUCUCUCAGAAAGACACGAAAUGCAUUUCUGUUGAAACACAGACAGCUGAAAAUUAUUUUGGAACCGAGCUGGACUCUCACUUGUUGGACAUAAGCGCUCAACAUUCUGGUUGUAAUGGUUUCCAUAAUUUUCAGAUCGAAAACAUUAAAGGGUCUGUUAAUUGUGUGUCAACAAUUAAUCCACUUAUUCCAAAUUUACAGGACAUUGCACCACUAAAGUCUGAUUUGGGACAUUCUGGUGCAGAUGUGUCAGCACCUCCUCUUUUAGUACAAUGUGCAAUCUCACAGACAGCCAUUCCAGCACCUCCUCCUCUUCCUGGACUGCCAGACUUCCAACGUUCACCUCUUCCAGAUCUAGUACCACCAGGCAUCCCACCACCACCACCUCUUCCAGGACAGCCAGGCAUCUCACUACCACCUCCUCUUCCAGGACAGGCUGGUAUUCCACCACCACCUCCUCUUCCAGGACAGCCUGGCAUUCCACUACCACCUCCUCUUCCAGGACAGCCUGGUAUUCCACCACCACCUCCUCUUCCAGGACAGCCUGGCAUUCCACUACCACCUCCUCUUCCAGGACAGCCUGGUAUUCCACCACCACCUCCUCUUCCAGGACAGCUAGGCAUCCCACCACCACCUCCUCUUCCAGGACAGCCUGGUAUUCCACCACCACCACCUCUUCCAGGACAGCUAGGCAUCCCACCACCACCUCCUCUUCCAGGACAGCUAGGCAUCCCACCACCACCUCCUCUUCAAGGACAGCCUGGCAUUCCUCUCCCACCUCCAUUUCCAGGACAGCCUGGCAUCCCACCUCCACCUCCUUUUGCUGGCGCUCCUCCUCCUCCUCCUCCACCUGGAUUUGGUCACCCUGUUGCCAUGGCAGGUCCUGCAGUGGCAGCUCUUCCUGCUAAACCUACUCAUAAACCUUCUAAGAAGAUGAAGAAAUACAACUGGAGCAAGCUGCCUCCUAAUCGUGCCUACAGUCGGGAAGGUCAGACAAUAUGGGAUCGAGUAGUACAAGUACAAUCACAGAAGCAUCAAGGAAUAGCAGUUAAUUUUGAAGAAAUAGAGAAGUUGUUUUCUCAGCUUCAGGUGGUGAAGAAAGACAAGAAAAAAGAUGAAAAGAAGAAAGCCAAUGCAAUAGUUGACUUAUUAGAUCCCAAGGUCAGUAUGAAUCUAAACAUUUUCUUGAAGCAGUUCAGAAGAUCGAAUGAGGAAAUUGUGACAUUAAUCAAGAAUGGAGACACCAAACAGAUGGAUGUAGAUCAAUGCAAAGUGUUGAAUAGCCUGUUGCCUGACAUGGAUUCUAUGCAGUCUAUUUUGGCUUACAAAGGAGAUUUCAAAAAGUUGGGAACAGCUGAGCAGUUCUACUCGUUAGUGUGGAAAGUCGACAGCUUUCGUCAGAGAGUCGAGUGCAUGCGACUGCGCCAUGAAUUUGCUCAAGGAUUCAGCUAUUUACAGCCAGCUCUCUCGACACUGACAGCUGCAGCUCAAGAAAUUAAGAACAAUGAGGAACUGUGUGAGAUCUUGAGUAUUGUUUUGGUUGCUGGAAACUUCAUUAACAUGGGUGGUUAUGCUGGUAAUGCAGCUGGCUUUAAAUUGGACUCUCUGGUGAAGAUGGAUGAUACAAAAGCAAAUAAACCAAGAAUGACACUUACACAUUAUAUUGUUAAGGUGGUUGAAGAAACAUAUCCGCAUGUGCUGGAGAUUGGCCAAAAGAUGCCACAUUUGGAUAAAGCAGCAAGACUGUCAGUUGACACGUUGCAGUCAGACAUGAGUGACUUGAAAAAGAUGCUGACAUCAGCUACAUGGUCUCUUGAAGAAGCAGCAGAGGACUUGAAACAACAGAUGAAUGACUUCAUCGAGGCAUCAUUUGUUCAGCUUAGUCAGCUGGAAGACAUGAUGGAAGAAAUUCAUCAACUGUCUGGCAGGCUGGCUAUGUUUUUCUGUGAAGAUUCAAGCACAUUCAAGUUGGAAAAUUUCCUUCAACUGAUCAAAUCAUUUGUAGGUCGAUUGAAUGUUGCUCACCAGGAUAAUGUACAAAGAAAAUUGAGAGAAGAACGUGAAGCAAAGCGUCAACAGCAAAAAGAAGCAGAAGAAAGAAGAAAGAAAGAGAAAGGAGAAAGUAAGUCUGUUGGGAAAGCACCCGAGAAGAGGCUGUCUGGCUGUGUCGACAAUCUUCUGGCAGACAUCAGGACAGGAAGCAAACUCAGACAAGCAGUGUCUAGAAAAAGUGGAGUGUCGAGUCCUUUGCUAUCUCCUUCAAGAAGUACUGUGGCUGACAAUGAAGUGAUUGAAACAUCACUGUAAUGCCUGGAUAAUUCAAAGGAUGUGACACUUGCAAAGCAAACAGAUAGUUUUGGAGGUUUGAGAUGAAACUGUUGCAUGUAGAGUACAUUUCGUUUGGUAGCCAUAUCAUUUGGGCCAGGUGCAAGGAAUAAUUUAUCAUCACUAGAAGCACCAUUAGAGUAAAAAUCAAUAAUUACCAAUUUCAACUACUCUAAUUGUUGAUUUUGCACUAGGUGCUUUUUUAAUAAUUGAGUCAUAAAAUUGAUUCUGUAGAAA